AUACCCAGGAGUUCGGAAACCAAAUAGAGGUGGCGCGUCCGGGGCACCGCGCGUGGCGAAAUUGAUCCGUCCGCAGCGCGCUCAGUCCGCCCCAGGGACGCGGCGCAGAGCACCGUGGUGAGCCGCGCGAGACGGAGCCCUCUGAGACCGGCUCCUCCUGAGCCGCCGCCGCCGCCGCCGCCGCCGCCCCGCCGCUGGGCUCCUGCGCUAAUUAGUCGGACUCCCUGGACAGCCUCAAGCACAGAGUGGCCCACGCGCUAAAAACUCGCGAGCGGUCCCCUGUGACGCGCGGCCGGCGGGACAGGCCGAGGCCACCGAGCCACCACUAUGAUGUUUGGCCUGCAAGAGAGCAGUCUGCACCAGACGCGCGCGCCUGUCUCUGGCCUCAAGGAGGAGCCGCUCACAUCGCGCUCCUGGAUCCAGCCCGCCAUCGGAGUGGACCAGACACACAGUGGCGUGGGGCUCGGCCGAGUGCACUUCGAGAAGCAGCCGCCCUCCAACCUGCGCAAGAGCAACUUCUUCCACUUUGUGAUCGCCCUGUACGACCGCAUCGGCCAGCCCGUCGAGGUCGAACGAACCGCCUUCGCCGGCUUCGUCGAGAAGGACGAGGAACCCGAAGGUCAAAAAACGAAUAAUGGUAUUCAUUACCGAUUGCAGCUGUUAUUUGCCAAUGGUGCCCGGCAAGAGCAGGACAUUUUUGUACGUCUCAUCGAUUCAGUCACAAAACAGGCAAUCAUCUACGAAGGUCAGGACAAGAACCCGGAAAUGUGCCGCGUCCUCCUCACUCACGAGGUCAUGUGCAGCCGGUGUUGCGACAAGAAGAGCUGCGGGAACCGUAAUGAGACGCCGUCGGACCCGGUGAUCAUCGACAGAUUUUUCUUGAAGUUCUUCCUGAAAUGCAAUCAAAACUGUCUCAAGAACGCCGGCAACCCACGGGACAUGCGCCGGUUCCAGGUGGUGAUUGGCCCCACGGUGGACGUGUCAGGGCCUCUGCUCGCCGUCUCCGACAACAUGUUCGUGCACAACAACAGCAAGCACGGUCGCCGGGCCAAGCGGAUGGACCCUACCGACGGUUUUCUGUCUCCCCCGGCGACGCCCUGUAUAAAGGCCAUCAGCCCCAGCGAGGGCUGGACCACCGGCGGCUCCACCGUCAUCAUCAUCGGAGACAACUUCUUCGACGGCCUCCAGAUCGUCUUCGGCACCAUGCUCGUCUGGAGCGAGCUGAUCACCUCUCACGCCAUUCGGGUCCAGACUCCGCCGCGGCACAUCCCCGGCGUGGUCGAGGUGACGCUGAGCUACAAAUCAAAACAGUUCUGCAGGGGCGCGCCCGGACGGUUCGUCUACGUCUCUCUGACGGAGCCGACCAUCGACUACGGCUUCCAGCGGCUGCAGAAGCUGGUGCCGCGUCACCCCGGCGAUCCGGAGCGGCUGCCCAAGGAGAUCAUACUGAAGCGAGCUGCUGACCUGGCCGAGGCGCUAUACAGUAUGCCUCGGAACAAUCAGCUGUCGCUGCCGGCGCCGCGCUCCCCGGCCAUGAACCAGCCGUCGCCCAUGUCCGGGUUCAACUCGUACGCCGGGCAGCUGGCCGUCAGCGUACAGGCGGACGCCGCCAACGGACAGUGGUCCGAAGAGGAGUACGCUCGUGGCCAGAGCAGCAGUGCCUCCCCGCGCGGCUACUCGGGCACGCCCACACCCAACACAAACACCCACGCCUCCUAUAUGAACGGCUACGGCUCGGCGGCGGCGCAGUUCUCCAACAUGGGUACGUCAGGCAUGGGAGGUAUCAUGUCCUCUCCGUUCGCGACGAUGAACGCGUUCGCGCUGUCGGCGGCCGGCGGUGCGCAGCCAUACGCCUCAUUGGCGUCCAAAUGAUACUAGUGCCGAGUGAGUGCGGCGGCAGCGGCGGCGGCGGCGGACUGUGGAUGGGCCGCCGACCAGUGCUGCGGCGCGCACCGGGCCGGAGACUGCGACGGCGCACAAGACGAUAUCGGGCGCGGCGUGCCGGCCGACCCCGGGCCGGCCCAGAGCGAUAGGACACUUUGAGCUUUAGUAUGUUUCCUAUUUCUUGUUCGUGAUAUUGAGUGAAUAUGCCUUGCUUGUGGACAAAGUUCGUCUCGUAUAAGCCAAACACACGUGGGCUCUCGAGAUGUUCGAAUCUCGUGGGAUAUCCAUACUUUGUACCGUUGAUAUUUUGUGAUGAUUGUUUAUCGUUCCGGCGCUGAGCCGUUCGGUGCGAUUGGCCGGCGCUGCUGGCACGGUUUAGUUAUUUCCUUUUCACCAGCGGCGGACAGAAGCCAGGAGGUCACAGGUGCGGUGCCGUCGCGCAGGCGGCCGGUGCAAACAUAUCAUAUCUGCCGCUGGAACGGAGCGCCGGCCACGGGGGCGAGAAACAUGUGCCAUACUACGUCAGUUAUAAUCUAGUCACUCUCCCUGCGCUUUUGUCCGGGCUGCCUGAGUUGUGUGUUUGAACUCUUGGAUGUUGUACCUUAUACUGUAGGCAGGGCAGACACCAACCAUCGCCGCGAUAUACAUUUCAUAUAUGCGUGUGGUGUACGAUGUAAAUAAUAUACGUGCAAUACGACA